AUGUCAUAUCACGGGUCUUGGAUCUUUUCUGUUGCUAUAUUGGCGGAUGUACACCUGCGAAGCGUCCGUGCUGACUGCUACCUUAAAGAUAAGGUGAAAUAUUGCGGGGACAAUAUAUAUUGCCACGGUUCGUCGAGUAGGUGCUGCGAUACUGGCUCAACAUACUUCGUCGAUCCCAUGACAGGAGAGGUUAAGGAUGCCAGCGAGGCCGACUCAGUUGCUUCCGCAAUCUGGUGGGAUUUGACGAAUACGAGUUCACCUGCUACGUCUUCUACGAUGUAUCCGGAGUCCACAAGCUCUAUCACCACUUCUUCUGCGUCUGAGACUACACCACCUCCAUCUACUCGCCUGUCUCCUGGCGCCACCGCAGGAAUCGGCGUGGGAUGCGGAGUCGCAGUCAUUUCAGUAGGUAUCCUUGCGUGGCUGCUUAUCCGUCGGCGAAAGAAGUCCAAGUCGCAGAACGUGGUAGGGUAUAGUGCCUAUGUGCCACCCGAGCACCAGGUGAGCCCGGUGACAGUUGAAAAGUAUCCCCAGAUGAGUUAUGUGCAGCCAUAUAGGGAACAUGAGGUAACGCACGAGUUGGAUGAGGGGCAACCGAGGGCAGAAUUGCAUACGACUGUCAUGAAAGAUAAGGGUAGCAAGCAGUAA